AUGAUUCAAGGUAAUUCUUUCUCCUCACCAACGCAACGCGCGGGACCGCAAGGCUCACAUCCCCGCUCAGAUCUCGACCUUGAAGAAUUCACGGCCUUCGAGGGUGGUGCCUCCACCUCGGCCUUCUCUUCGCCAGCCAUGUACGGCAGUGCUUCCAGCUCCACAACCAACAUGGGCACUGUUUCUCCUCAGGACCUCCUGAUCCAGGAGCCGUUCAUGUCUGCGCCGAACUCUUCCGCACUCACUGCUCUGACCUCACCGUCCAUCUACAAUGAGUCCCCAGAGUUCAAUGACAGUUUUGAUGUCUCUCCCAACUUCGGCAGCAGCGACUUUGACACUGGGUCCAACGACGUGUGGUUCCCGCUGUUCCCUCAGGGCAGCACCACGCAGACCCAGCAAUCCGCUGUUGACACCUCACCCGCUCAGCAAUCCGACGACUUGGAGGUGUCUGAGCCCACGUCUCAGCGCCGCAAGUCUGGCGGCAACUCUCACUCUCCGUCCAACCGCCACUCUUCUGUGUCUGGCGUAAACUCUCGGCGGCGUGACAAGCCUCUCCCUCCCAUCAUUGUUGACGAUCCCAGCGACACUGUCGCAAUGAAGCGAGCGCGCAACACUCUAGCGGCUCGUAAGUCACGGGAGCGAAAGGCCCAGCGAUUCGACGAAUUGGAGGAGAAGAUUGCAAAGCUUGAGGCAGAGAGGGAUCACUGGAAGAAGAUCGCGCUGCAAGGUGGUCAAUGA